AUGAGGGAUAAGGAACCGACAUCCCUUAAAGCUAUCUCCCAAACGACUCGCCCAUACCCCUCCACUCCCCGCCCCUCAUCCCAGACCCCUCGCGCUGGUCCGAGGUACUUCCCACAGAACGUCCUACCAGACGACGACAGCAUGGAACAACCCCCAAACCUCUUGCCUGAUUCUCCCCCCUCCCCAACAUCUCCCCCAAACACACCCACACCCAUCUACCGCGAGAUCAGCGGGCCCACACAACCACCUGACCUUCUCGUCUUCCGUGAAUUCAACGUCACAACCACUACCCCCCAAGAGACCACGGCAACCGAAGUUAAGAACAGCGACCUUCAUAAUUCCAUGCACGCCCCUGGUAACGCCAUGGUAGACCAAAUCAUGGGCGCACCCCACAGCCCCCCUACCAUACGUGAGCAAACCGAGGAAGAGGAUGCCAUCCUUGCUCACCUCGCACUAGCGGAAGCAAACCGAUCCGUACUAAGCCAAAACGGAAUUAACCACUGCACAAUCCUACCCCAGUUCACUCCCACGCCCAUCGGUGGCUUCCCCAAGAUACAUAUGGCGCACUCUGCCCAAAUAUUCGAUCACCUCAACAAUAAGGUGCUCCUUGCUUGGUUCCAGGUGGAGCACCCGAAGUUUAUGGUGCAAGUCUUUGACCAAUCCGGCAAAGAUGUAGCGGAGAAAACGGCAAUCAUAGCAGAACACAUCCGAGCCAGUAUAUCAAUCAUUUCUGACUUUGUUCACCAAGAAGCUCCACCAAUUCGUGUCUCCCCGCCCCAUCCCCAAGGCGGACGAGGAGCUAAAGAACUCCCCAUUGGCUUCUUAGUACACAAGAUCUCCGAAGAAGCGAAAAACCUAAUCAUAGACCAACGUAUAUGGUCCUCUACGGACAUCACAUUUGAGGCGCUACCAUUCAACUGUGCAACCCCCCCAGAAUUACUAUUCUGUCUAUCCGGUUUCACCACACCAGAUGCAGACAUUGUCCGCAAAACUGUCAUCGACAUCUGGGCAUACGACGACAACAGAUGCCACAUUGAUGACACCUUCUCUAUGUGCGGGUUCCCAGAUGACGAGCUUGUGUACAAAGCCACGCAUGACCUCAUUCACUCCGUUCGCGUCGAAAUCUUAGACUUCAAGGUGACAGGAGGUCUAUCUGUACCUCGAUUCAAUAUAUUCACAACAAGUCCAACGAAUAACGCGAAAACGUGGACAGAACUAUGA